AUGAAAUUGGACCAGUUGAUUGUUUCAGUUUUGAGGCAGAUUGCUGGACACUUUAUCCACCCUUCAUAUCUUUCCGAUGAUUACGGAGCGUUUCGCAUCGCAAUUAGGAGAAGAAUAACGGAAACUCUGAAUGCUGCUACAAACCAGAAAAUCGGAAAUAGUUUAACCGUUGAUGCUCCUGUAAAAAAGAAUUAUUUCUUAUCUAGCCGAUAUAGCGUCGAUUUCAAAGAAAUCAGAAAGAUUGGAAGUGGAGGCUUCGGAGAAGUACAUUCUAAUAUUGAUGACUGCGAUUACGCCGUUAAAAAAAUUCAGUUUAACUUAACGAUGUCUGAGCCGGUGACAAAGAUCGUCAAUGAAGUUCGUUUGCUAGCAGUUGUUCAGCACAAAAAUAUCGUGCGAUAUUAUGGUGCUUGGUUAGAGCUGCAAGACUUGCAGACACCAUCAUCCGGGGAGAAUGAUGAAUAUUGCAGUGACGAAGAGGGAAUCGCUUGGAAGAAUUCACCUGAGGAGAGAAGAAAAGGUAUUUCAUCUUCAACUAAUGCUUGCUCGAAGUUUACUCAAAUGGAUGAAAAGGAUGAUUCGGGAGAACAGUCUGGCACAGUUCAUGAAAAACAAGGUCGUUUUUGGACGCAGGAACCUUCAACCACUUCUAGUUCAACGAUUUCGGGAGGGUACAAGAUGCGUCGAAGUAUUUCUACCAAUCACUGCUUGAUGGUUGCAAGAGGGAGUGCGAGAAGUGAUCCAGUAAAUUUAAUACUGCCUCAUUCAGGUACUGCAGUCAUGUUCGUGCAGAUGGAACUUUGCUCGCAUACUCUUAGCGAUUAUUUUGCUGAGCGAAAUGCCGAAAUCAGGCCAAAAAUAGAUCGACAGCUGAAUAGAAGCAUUAUGGAGCAACUAAUGUCUGCAAUGACUCACUUACAUUCCAAAAAAAUUAUUCACCGAGAUAUCAAACCGAGCAAUAUUUUCCUUCGUAAUGAGAGUUGUUCUCCAGUUCCAUCCGUACUUUUGGGCGAUUUUGGAUUAGCAUGUCUUCAUCAAACAAACAUUAUUUAUAAGACUACAGUUGCUGGAAAUGAGACAACCACACAUAGCGUGGGUGUUGGUACCUCUAUUUACGCAGCACCUGAGCAGCAGAAUUCUACUAUUUACGAUAAUGCAGUAGAUGUCUACAGUGCUGGGAUUGUGUUUUUUGAACUAUAUGUUCCAUUUGGUACACAAAUGGAACGACUAGAAGCUAUUGCGAAGUUGAAGGAAGGAAAAUUAAGCGAUGAAUUCAAAACUUCUUUUCCCGACGAAGCGAAGUUGAUUAAGGAAAUGUGUAAGGAGAAUCCACAGGAACGAAUUCAUGCUUUUGACGUUGUUGCUAAGCUUGGUAAAAUUGGAGAAAAUGUAGAAUCUCUCAAGCAUCGUAUCCAAGAGCUUGAAAAAGAAAUUGUACGACUUAGGAACCUUUUACUGGACAAUAAUAUUACAGGAAUUUGA